UUGGCGUGGGUUUCCGGCUCUGUUCGCGAAGCCUGGGGAGGAUUGUGGGGGCGCUGUGCUGCCAUCUCUUGGUCUCUGUUCCGUGUUUCCUCCGUGCACUCAGGGGUCCGUCCCUGCACCCCCACGCUUCUCAGUCCCCGACUUUCGCUCUGGGAGCCCUGGCUGGGUGCCGAGAGUGGGGCUGGGUCGUGUGCGACCGCCCCUCCACCCCCCACAAGGCAGCGUCCUGUGGAAAAGAAAGGUACUGAUUAGGAUGAAUGUGAUUUGGAGAAAUUAUAUUUCCUGUCCAAGGAUAAGAAAAGUACCUCACAGAUACCAAAGUGGUUGUCACCCAGUGGCCCCCCUGGGAUCAAGGAUUUUAACUGAUCCAACAAAAGUUUUUGAACAUAACAUGUGGGAUCACAUGCAAUGGUCAAAAGAAGAAGAAGAAGCGGCCAGAAAAAUAGUAGAGGAAAACUCAGCUGUGCGAGUCCUUUCGGAAGAGCAAGUUAAGUAUGAGAGUGAAGCCAGUAAAUAUUGGGACACAUUUUAUAAAAUUCAUAAGAAUAAGUUUUUCAAAGAUCGUAAUUGGCUAUUGAGGGAAUUCCCUGAAAUUCUUCCGGUUGGUCAGAAAACUGAAGAGAAGGUGAAAGAAUUAUCAUGGAAUCAUGUGAAAAUUAAUACUGAAAGUUUUUUCUCAAAAAUGCACUGCCCUACUAUGCCUGAAGAAAAAAAUCAUUAUAAAGAAAGUUCUGGCUCAUCAGAUGGUCAAAGCAAAGCAGGAUCUGACUUUUCUAAACUGGACUCUGAAGAAUACAGAGAAAGACCUCUGAAGACUGAAUUGUUUCCUGGUAGCAGUGCUGCUUUCAGAAUCCUUGAGGUUGGCUGCGGUGCUGGGAAUAGUGUUUUUCCAAUUCUGAACACUUUGCAGAAUGUGCCAGAGUUCUUUCUUUAUUGUUGUGAUUUUGCUUCUGGAGCUGUGGAGCUAGUAAAGUCUCAUGCAUCGUACAGAGCAUCCCAGUGCUGUGCCUUUGUUCAUGACGUUUGUGACCAUGGCUUACCCUACCCUUUUCCGGAUGGGACCCUGGAUGUCAUUCUCCUUGUCUUUGUGCUGUCUUCUAUUCAUCCUGACAGGAUGCAAGGUGUUAUAAACCGACUGUCCAAGUUACUGAAACCUGGGGGAAUGCUGUUAUUUCGGGACUAUGGAAGAUAUGAUAAGACUCAGCUUCGUUUUAAAAGGGGACAUUGUUUAUCUGAAAACUUUUAUGUUCGAGGAGAUGGCACCAGAGCAUAUUUCUUUACAAAAGGGGAAGUCCACAAUAUGUUCUGCAAGGCUGGGUUAGAUGAGAAGCAGAAUCUGGUUGAUCGUCGCUUACAAGUUAAUAGGAAAAAAAAAGUGAAAAUGCACCGAGUGUGGGUUCAAGGCAAAUUCCAGAAGCCAUUACACUUGACUCAAAAAAGCUCCAACUUGGUAUUUUCAGUCCUUUCUCAUGGCUGAACUAUGUAUCGUGUUAAGGUACAAAUCAGAGGCUUACAGUAUUCAGAGUCUUCGGUAAAUCUUUCAUUUUUGAAAAGUCAGUCAGAAGAAGAGAAUUUAUGUGUCCUGCUGUUUGUCCUGGAUGAACUGUUUUGUGCAUGUUAAGCACACAGAAGUGACUUGGAAGAGAGCACAACAUUCUGUGUUUUCAAAUCUUAAUAUGCGCAAGCUUGUUUGGAUUUAUUAUGUCUUAACCAUUUUGUUUGUUCUCUGAGUUUUAAAAGCAUUUAGGUAAAUUAUUGAUAUAAGUCAGAUGAUUCUGAGAAACCAAAGCCUGCCAUUUUUUUAGAAGUGAAAAAAACCAUCUCCUUUAUUUAUACAUUAGUUUAACACAGUUGAACUCUCCUCCAUUGUUAACUGAUAGCAGAGUCAGCUCGCCUUGUUUCCAAGGAAGGUCACAAGACCAAGGCAAAGGCCUAUUUUUUUUGUUUUGUUAUUGUCUAUUGUCCAUCCCCAAACCUUUUUUUUUUAAACUUAGAGACUAAUGUCUGAAACAGAAUUUUAAUUUCUCUUUCCUUUCCUAAAAUUGGGGAAGUAUGACUAAUGCUAACAUUAUUUUCAGGCUAUUCUUUGGUGUACAAGUUGGAAGCCUUCUUUAGGAAGACUACUUACCCAGGAAAAUUCUUAAAUUGUAGCAAUUAAAAAUUUUUUACUAUUUUCUGGUGGUCCAGUAGUUAAGAAUCUGCCUACCAAUGCAGGGGACAUAAAUUCAAUCCCUGAUCCAGGAACUAAGGUCCCAUAUGACAUGGGGCAACUAGACCUGCACACCCUAGUGCUCCACAAGAAGAAGAAGCCACUGCAAUGAGAAGCCCGCACACCAAACUAGAGAGCAGCCCCAGCUCAGUGCAACUAGAGAAAGCCUUCACACAACAAUGAAGUGCCCAUGAGCUGCAUCAAAGACCCAUGCAUCCGAAAAAAUAAAAAUGUAUUUACCACUUUGCCUCAAAAAAGAUAUAAAUUUGCUUGCAAGUUGCAUUUGGUAAAAAUGGAGUUUCUAAGACUGGGCUUUCAUUUGUUACACAAUGUAUACUGAGUACUUACUUUGUGCUUUGUGAAUUAUAUGGAAUAAUACAGUAAAUAAAUAAAGUCCCAGCCCUGUCUUUUGAGAGUGUAAGAGGCUCUAGCUGGCAAAGCAAAAUGUGUGCAUCCCAAGCCUCUAAAUCAUGACCAAGAUAAUAUAUGAGCAAGUACUCAAAUAGGGAGCUUUUCAGCUAACAGACUUUGAUUAUGAGCCACAGAAAUCUGAAAGACAUGGACAAUCUCUUGAAAGGACCUAGAAUGAUCAUUCCAACAAUUUUUUCUUUUUGAACUCACUUAAAAUUCAACUUCCUGGCAGGAGGUGAUUAAUCCAAGCUGGGUCAUGGAUUCUUCUCUUGACAGACUGAGUCAGGGCAGGUUAUUUGAUGGUUCCACCAGACCAUAGUGAAUGGAGGAAAGUUCCUCGAAGGAAAAUGAGGACACUGUGGUAAAAAAAAGACGGGAUGGAUGCUGCCCAGUCAGACAUUGCGUGGUGGCAGCAGUAGUAAUAAUGUUCUGAAGAGAGAGAAAGAUCAGCUGUGGGAUAGAAGGAAAGAAUUAGGGCUGUGGGAGGAGGUAGGUCUCAGACUAGUCCUAGAACGUAUGCUCUCAGAAGAUGGUGAGAAGACAAGUAUGUUUGAUAGGGCUGUUCAUAGUUCAGAAUAGCGGAGAAAAGAUGGGGAGGGCACCAGCUUGUAGACAGCCUUAAUUAAGAGGGUGCAUUGGGUUCUCACCUCUGGACUGGAGUCAUUCAAGAUUGGUUUGUUUCUGUUUUAUCCUAGCCACAGCAUGCUUUAAAUGUAUAUAGAGAGAUUGAUCGAGGAGUCGUCAAUAGAAUGGAAUGCAGUGAGGUCAGAGAUGGGGGCAAGGAAAAUCAUGAAAGGUAUCUGCAUACAUUUGCCUUGGUAGCAAAUCCUCAGAAGUACAAUAUCAAGGUUUCUGUUUAAACAUGCAGUAAAUAUAAAAGUCAAAAUUUG